AACUGGUUAUUUUGGCGCCAAAUUUCAAAUGUUUGUUUUCUUUAGGAGUUUUUGGAAGACCGCGCGGAGCUGAAUUAAUUCGCACUUCGCAGGCGGAUUUACCAUUACCAAAUAACUAGCAGAGUGUCGCAGAUAAAAAAUUCCGAAAUGGAUGACGAUGUCGUUGGUGGAUCAUCUGAAAUGAUAAAAAAUACGCCUGCUGGGAAACAAAGCAUCGCGAACAAUGACACUCUUGAGUUUGGUUUAAAUGAUAACAGUCAAGGAAAUGAUAAUGAGCCUGAAGAAGAGCUGAACAAGACCUUGUCUGACACCAACAAAACUUUGAGACUGCCCAGUGUGAAUGUUCCUGAGAGGAUCAUCAUCUGCCUUGAUAUUUGUGCCGAUUCAAAUGGCGAUCCCUUCAGGUUUUGCGAUGGCACAAAGCAGAGCCCUUUGAAUAUGGUGAAAAUGGUGGUCCAGAUGUUCAUGUUCUGCAAGAUGACCGUCAAUUCUAAGCAUCAGUACGCUUUGAUGGUUUUGCAUGAGGACGGUGCCUCCUGGCUCUUGGACUUCACCUUCUCACCUACAGACAUUGCCAACACCAUGGCCACUUUGAAGACGAGGGAGCAGCCACCUGAAUGGAACCUCACCUCCAUGUUCAACAUUGUGAACGAGAAGGUUUUGAUGCCACACGUUGCCGACAUAGGCAACGAUAUUCCCCCUUACAUUUACAGAGUCAUCUGCAUCUAUGCCAGGACCAACUGUCGUCCUACUCUUGAGCCUAGCAGCUCUGCCACAGCCUUGAUGAAGUCUCCGUACUUUUUCCUUGAUCUCAUUUACGUCCACGAGCCCCUGAAUGAGCAGACCAAGGAAACCUGCCAGAGCAUCUUCAAUGAUUUGUGUGCUGACCUCAGCCUGCCGACCUCUUACGUUUUCAACGUAGCCCGCAACCCUACCAAGUUGCACGACUGCAUGGCCAAGUUGCUGGCCCAUCCUUUGCAGCGGCCCCUGCAGGAAGACACUGAGUACAAACUUAUGCUCCCCGAGUGAAGGGCUUUUGAAAGUAUUACCAACAAGAUGCUUAUAUGUGAUGGUUUAUGCAUGAAAAAUAAUUAAAGUUCCAGUUCUUGCUUUAUGAAAACAAAAGCAUCGGUUUAUUUUAACACAAAUAUAAUUUACAGCUUUGAGCUAAAAUACUUCUU